CAACUGUCAUUUGAUUUUUCAAACGGCGGCAUUUUUUUCUUUGUUGUAAUAUCGCGCUUUUUUUCGGGGGUCAUCGUAUUCACGUCUAGGGAAUUUUUGUUUGGGAAUUUUGUUUUAAUUUACUUGAAAUUUAGCGCAUAUUAAUAACUGAAAAACAUGGAUUUAAACGAUGCUGUUCUAACUUGUGCCGUAAACCUACAAUGGACCAAUGCAAUUGGUGCAGUAGGCCGAAAAUUGGCUUACCGCACAGCCACGUUAAGGCUUGUGAGAAAUGAUAUACGGGAAUUAUUUAUUGAGUGCACACCCGAUAAGCUGAAACCAAUGAAAUUUAAGAUGAAGGACAUAAUGGUGCACAAAAAAUUCAUGUCCGAAGGCAAGGCAUCGGUGAAUUUUAAAGCGGAAAAAUGUGCCAUGUAUUUGUCCAAUGCUCCACCUGGCACAUUAAUGAUAUUUCUGCGUACCAUUUUCAUAAAAAUGAAUGGUGGCGAGAAUGUGGACGAUGCCACAGCUCAAAAACAAUUGAGGGCCCAUAUGCUGUCGGGAAAACCUAGUACAUUUGAAGAAAUUUCACCCGUAACCACUGCGGAAAUGGUGUUGGCACGCAAAAAAGCUGGUCUGCUACCCUCAAAAGGGACAGCUACAACACCUUCGCCUCUGGCUGCCAAGAAACGUAGAUAUGAUGAGAUAAAAGGUGGGGAUGGUAAGUCGGGGUUGCCUGCACCAAAAAAAUUAUAUCAGGAAUCACCGCUGGCCACGGAGGAAAAUUUGAAAUUGUGUGCCGAACAAAUGGAUGUGCUGAAAUCCAGCAUAGCGGGAAAAAGUAUUUUCUUCACAGGAUCUGCGGGCACGGGCAAAAGUUUUCUGUUGAGAAAAAUUAUUUCCGCCCUACCGCCUGAUGGUACUGUGGCUACGGCAUCUACUGGUGUGGCAGCAUGCCUUAUUGGCGGUGUAACCUUGCAUGCUUUUGCUGGUAUUGGUGGCGGAGAGGCCACACUGCAACGCUGUUAUGAAUUGGCUUCUCGUCCGGCCAGUGCUCAAGCGUGGCGAAAGUGCAAACGAUUGAUUAUUGACGAAAUCUCUAUGGUGGAUGGACAAUAUUUUGAUAAAAUCGAAGCCGUUGCACGACACAUUCGACGCAAUGACCGUCCCUUUGGAGGCAUACAACUCAUUCUCUGUGGUGAUUUCCUGCAGCUACCGCCUGUGAUAAAACGUGAAGAAUUCACAACGGGAUCUCAAACAAGCCCAUCUCAGCGCUUUUGUUUUCAAUCCAGUGCCUGGGAAAAAUGUAUUGAAUAUGUGUAUGAGCUAAAAGAGGUACAUCGUCAAUCGGAUCCCGAAUUUGUUAGUAUUCUUAAUCAUUUGCGUAUUGGCCACAUUAACGAGGGCAUAACAAAACGCCUCAAGGCCACUUCUAAGCAAACCAUAGAAGCCAACGGCAUUCUAGCUACACAACUUUGUUCGCAUACCAACGAUGCCAAUUCCAUAAAUGAAUCCAAAUUGGAAAAUUUACCCAGUGAAAAGAUACUAUUCAAAGCCGAAGAUUCAGAUGCCUUAAUGACGAAACAAUUGGAUUCCCAGGUGCAGGCUCCAUCGCAAUUGUAUUUGAAACUGAAUGCCCAGGUAAUGUUAUUGAAAAAUAUCAACAUUUCUGCAGGUUUGGUCAAUGGCGCACGAGGUGUGGUGGUGCGUAUUGAAAAGGGCAUACCAGUGGUGAGAUUUAAAAAUAACACCGAAUAUGCGUGUAAACAUGAAAAAUGGAUUAUAAAAACACCUGGUGGUGGCACAGUGACACGGCGACAAGUGCCGCUCAAAUUGGCCUGGGCCUUUUCAAUACACAAAUCUCAAGGCCUAACACUGGACUGUGUGGAAAUGUCCUUGUCCAAGGUAUUCGAAGCCGGCCAGGCUUAUGUAGCCUUGUCCAGGGCAAAGUCUUUGGACUCCGUACGUAUUUUAGACUUUGAUCCAAAACAGGUGUGGGCCAAUCCUCAGGUCUUGCAGUACUAUAAACUAUUCCGUCGACGUCUAAUGGAUACCACAAUGAUACCACUGGGCUUGAAAAAUAAAGAGCAGAAAAAGAAAACGGGCGAUACCUCCAGCGCCUUGGCCAAAUUGAAAAAGAGUUUGAUGAGCAAACCAUUGGUGUCAAUUAGUUAAGGGGCUUGUGAUGCGGGAAAUUUUACAACAAACUCUGCCUUCAGAAGCUUUUUAUGAUAAUUAGAUAAAUAAUUAGCUGCAAAUUGAUACUUUUUUUACUCUACAUACUUAAAAUUAAGAAGCCAACAUUUCCUUGAACAUUUUUUCUCACAUUUUUUCAUCAUUGUGUUCAUUGUAUACACAAACAUUUUUAGUAAUAUUUAUGACUUUUUUAAAAACAUCUCAUCGUAUAAGUGCAUAUUAAUAUAUUUUUUUCCCCACAUACUUGCAUCUGCUUGGCAAUAAGAGACACAUUUUAGUUCUAUUUUUAAUUAAUGCAAUUUUCUGUAAGACUGUC